AUGGGUGGUUUCCGACUUACAAAAUGGCACAGUAACAAAAGAAAUGUUUUGAAUGCAAUACCAGAAUCAGAACGCGCUUCAUCUGUAGUCAGUCUUGGACGUAGUGAUAUGUUGCCAAGUGACAAAGCCUUAGGUGUUAUUUGGGAUGUGAAUGAAGACAAAAUCAAAUUUAAAGUAAAACUGUCAGACAAACCUCUGACAAGGCGUGGUAUACUAUCAAUCGUUAGCUCCAUAUUUUAUCCUCUUGGACUGGUUUCUCCAGUUACACUUAGAGCAAAAGCUAUUGUACAGCACUUAUGCAAAGAGAAGUUUGGGUGGGAUGAACAGAUUCCACAAGAGUACCAUGAUAAAUGGAAAAGUUGGGUGAAGAACUUACAAUGUUUAGAAAAUUUGUCCGUAAACCGUUGUUUCCUACCACGAGAUGUUCAACAUGUUAAAAAUGUACAAUUGCACAUAUUUAGUGACGGUUCAGAACUUGGAUAUGGCGCGUGUGCAUACCUCUGGGUCGUUGAUGAAAAUGACAGAACUACGUGCUCUCUUAUGAUGGGAAAAGCUCGCUUAGCACCAAUGAAACAGGUUUCAAUACCAAGACUGGAAUUAUCAGGAGCUGUUACUGCUUGUCGUUUGUAUGAAAUUUUGUCAGAUGAACUUGAAUUAAAGAUAAGUACGUUGAACGGUCCAAAGUUUCUUCAUAAAAACUCUGAGCACUGGCCGAGGAACGUACUAGACGAAGAACUAGGGAUAUCUGAGACUGAUACUGAAAUCAAGAAGGAAAUAGCUGUACAUGCUACAACCACUAAUGCCAUCGACAAUUUGUUAGGAUACUUCUCCGACUGGAUAAAACUCAGACGAGCUAUUGCAUGGUUUAGGAGAUUUAAGAUUUAUUGCAGAAAUCGUUACCUUGGACAUCAUUUGCCGUGUAACAAUGGUAAUCUUAAUGUAACAGAACUUCGGGAGGCUACCGAUGAAAUAUUAGCACAUGUCCAAAUGAUUUAUUUUUCAGAUGAAAUAACAAACUUGAAGAAAGCAAAGCCCGUGAAAAAAGGAAGCCGUAUUGCUUCUCUCUAUCCUGUUUUGGUUAAUGAACUUAUCCGAUCAAAAUGUCGCCUAAAUUAUGACUUAAGCACUUGUCCCGUGAUACUGCCAAACAAACAUCACGUAACUACGCUUAUAAUCCGUUAUUAUUACGAAACCACGGGACACGUGGGAAAACAACAGGUGCUUGCAGCUUCUCGUGAAAAAUAUUUGAUAUUGAAAGGAUCCAGUGCUGUUAAAACAGUUAUCGAUCGUUGCGUACCAUGCAAACGACAACAUGGUCCGUUUUGUAAACAGCAGAUGGCACCCCUACUCGAGGAACAGCUGACUGCAGACAAACCUCCUUUUACCUUUGUCGGAGUUGACUACUUUGGUCCAUUAAACGUUAAACUUGGACGGUCCAUUGUUAAGAGAUAUGGAUGCCUCUUUACGUGCCUUACAACAAGAGCGGUUCAUAUAGAAAUAGCACACAGUUUAAAUAAGGAUUCUUUUAUUUCAGCCUUUCAACGCUUUACAAGUAGACGAGGCAUUCCCGAAAAGGUCUACAGUGAUAAUGGAACAAAUUUCGUUGGCGGUGAAAUCGAACUUCGAAAAAACAUUGAACAAUGGAAUAAAGCAACUAUAUCAAAUUAUAUGCUACACAAGGACAUUAUUUGGACAUUUAAUCUACCAUAUGCAAGUCACCGCCGUGGUGCAUGGGAACGGAUGAUUCGUUCAACAAGGAACAUUUUUAAAGCACUUAUUAAUCAACAACUACUCAGCGAUGAUCAAUUACUGACAUUUAUGGCCGAAACUGAGCGUAUUAUGAAUGAUAGACCGAUAACAGCAAUAAGUGACGAUUGUCGUGAUUUACCCGUUUUAACGCCAAAUAUGCUAUUAUUGAUGAAGAGCAACACGUCAACACCACAAGGUGUGUUUGACAGAAAGGAUAUAUAUGCAAAACGAUGGUGGAAACAAAUACAACACCUAGCGAAUGAAUUCUGGAAACGUUGGUUGAGGGAAUACUUACCUACCCUACAGCAAAGAAGCAAAUGGCAGAGGUAA